AUGGUGCAAUUUGAAAAUUUAAUGAUGAGUGAUUCGGAAAUGAAUCCUUUGGAAGCACAAAGACAAAUCAACAACUUGAAAAAUUUUGAGAUUAAGGAUAUUGGAUCGGAAAAAUGGAUGAAACAGAGAGAAGUAAUUGAAAUGCUCAAUAUUCAAGCCCAUCAAGAUGCUGCUCUGAAUCAAGAUGAAUAUGUUGCACAAGCUUUUAUUUCCAAUCAAAUGGUUGAAAUUCUAAUUAAAGAAUUAGUUAGUGUUGAAAUUUGGAAGAAUAAGGUGGCUUCACUCAUCAAGGAUGAUUUAGCUGAUGCAACAAAACAAUCAAUCAAACCAUAUUUGAUUUUCUAUCAUGAAGCUACAUUGUGUAAUUUAUUGGAAUGUGUAUUAUAUCAUAAGGAUGCAGUAGUUUAUUGUGAUGAAUCGCUAAUGAUUGAAUUAGUGGACUAUUGUCAAAGAAAAAUGAAUUUCCUCGUGCAUAAUAAGGAUUUAAUGAAUAGACAGGAUCAAAAAGAUUUAUUGAAAUUAACAGAUAUUGAUAUUUGGGAGGAUCAAAAGAAAGAAAUUGAAUUCAAUUGCUGCAUGUAUUCACUGACAAUUUUCAGAUUCAUUACCGAUCAGUUGAAGGAAUUGUCUCCAGGAAUAAUUAAUAGAAUUCUGGAGAAGCAUGAUACUCCAAUCUCUCUAGUCUACAUUAUUGAAGAUUCCCCAUUCAAGAAGAAGGAGAAAUCUGGUUUCAAAAAAUAUAAUGGAAACAAGUGGGAAACUGUGCAAUAUGAUGAAUACUUGAAAGUGUCGCAAUAUGAAGCUCAAGUAUGGUUAGCCAUCAAUAAUUUACUCGUUGAACCAGAGACAAGAAACCAAUACGAAUAUAACAACUUUAGAAAAGAAACUGUUUUAAGGUUGAAGAAAUUUUUUACAGAUAUCCUUAUUGACCAAAUUCCAGUAUUGGUUGAUUUAGUAAGAACUGUGGAAAGUUUGCAAAUUAUGAACCCUCCUGUUGCAUCAAAGAAUAUUUUCAUUGUUGAAAUGGUAGCAGAGUUUAGAGAAAAUUUGUUAAGCUCUCUCGAUUUUGAACAAAUAGCCCAGGAUCAACUUGCCUCAAUCUGUUGUGAGGACGAUGAAGCAAGACAAGAGCAAGUCAUGUCCAUGGCUAAACGCUUCGGAGACUUGUUAGAAUUGAUGGAACAAGGAAAGGAAUUUGAUAAUAUUAAACUUUAA